CAUUUGGAAUAUCACAAACCCCAGUUUGAGAAGAAAAUUCAUGGAGAACAGUUUAACGAACUUCUUAAAUUAUAAUUGUGUAAAAGUCUACAAAAAACCUCGUUCUGAUUUUAACAAAUUAAAAGGCAAUUGGUUUUGUAUAUGAGAAGUUGUGAAAAAAGUUAUCAACAAAUAAUCCCCAGCGUUUUUUGUGAAAAUAUCCUUUCGUGUGUCAGUUUGUGCGUUAAGAGAACCUUGGUCGAACCGCGAUGAGGACUGUUGGUGAAGGUAAAGGAAAAACUGCAUAUAGUUAUUCGGGGAAUCAGAUCCCCCAUAAUACGAGUGUGUUAGCUAAUAAUAAGUCGACCACAAGAAGAGCAGCAUCAGGGACCCCCGCAUCGUAUAUGAAGAAUUUGGGAGAUGCUAAUAGCAUGGCGCAAGUAUAUGGGCAGCCAGCUUUUAGUAAUAUUCCUGGUAUGAGUGGUGCGUCCAUGAUGGGUAGCGGUGCGGCUAUGUCUCCAUAUCAAACUUUGGGCGGGGCACAGAUGAGCAUGCAGCCACAAUACUCGAUUCAAAUGCCUCAGGGGGCAAUGGCUCUUCCACCAGGAGCAGCAAUGCCAGGCGUUCAAAUGUACCCGGCAACAACACCAGGAUUAUCAGGACUCGCAGGCAGUACUCUUACGCCCGCACAACUCGCGGCGAUAAUGAAAUCAUCUAAUGCAGCUCCACAACCACAAAUGACAAGCUGGCCCCAGUAUGGUGGAAUGCCGGGAGUUAGUUAUCCAACCAUGUCAUCAUAUCCGGCACGUAAUAAUGCAAACAGCUAUAUCGUGGACUACAGUGAUGGUUUGAACAUCCUCGAUGAGCCGACUGGUGGAAGCGCUUAUAUGUCCAAGUAGGGCUUAGACGAAAAUUCUUAGUUUUUUUUCAUAGUUUGAUCUGUUACUUGUCUGGAUAUUACAACUUUAGAUAAUAAAUUUCUGUGACUGUUGGAUAAAA